UCACAUGACUUCAUCGCCAUGUAAAGCGACGUGCUGGUAGCAAAUUUUCAAGUAAUUUCGUCAACAUUUCUGCUCUAUUUUAACAGACAUCCCUUCUGCAUCAGAUUAAGUUGUAUACAAAAUGGCUUUGACCUUAAAAAAGGUCAAAGGAACUCUGGAAAGAGUGUUAGACAAAAAUUUACAAGAUCUCGUUCGUGGCAUAAGGAAUCAUAAGGAAAAUGAGAGCAAAUAUAUCGCGGAGUGUAUAGACGAAAUCAAACAAGAAUUAAAACAUGACAACAUCUCUGUUAAAGCAAAUGCAAUUACAAAGUUGACCUAUUUACAAAUGCUAGGCUAUGAUAUAAACUGGGCUGCUUUUCAUGUAAUUGAAGUAAUGAGCUCAACCAAGUUCACAUUUAAAAGAGCUGGAUAUUUGGCGGCUGCACAGUCUUUCAACGAUGGUACGGACGUUUUAAUGUUGACAACAAAUUUGAUUCGGAAAGACCUUAGUAGUUCAAAUAUGUACGAUGCAGCUGUUGCAUUGAACGGACUAUCUUGCUUUGUAACACCUGACUUAGCAAGAGAUUUAGCUAGUGAUAUUAGUACUUUGAUGACAUCAACUAAACCUUAUUUAAGGAAGAAAGCAGUCUUGAUAAUGUAUAAAAUCUUUCUGAAGUAUCCUGAUUCUCUUCGACCAGCAUUUCCUAGAUUAAAAGAGAAGUUAGAGGAUCCUGAUCAAGGCGUACAAUCCGCUGCUGUAAAUGUGAUAUGCGAGUUGGCCCGUAAGAACCCGAAAAAUUAUUUAUCAUUGGCUCCGCUCUUCUUUAAACUUAUGACAAGUUCGACAAAUAACUGGGUUCUUAUAAAAAUUAUUAAAUUGUUUGGAGCCUUAACGCCGCUAGAACCUAGACUAGGAAAGAAGUUAAUUGAACCGCUAACGAAUCUAAUUCACAGUACAUCAGCUAUGUCUCUAUUGUAUGAGUGUAUCAAUACGGUUAUAGCUGGUAAGUAAACUAUUUAUAUUGUUUUUGAAAAAUCUCCUAGUUGAAGGGAGUAAAGGCGAAUGAGAGAUUUUUUGUCAUAAAAAAUGAAAAGGACAAAUAGAUUCGUGCAAAAUUUAAAAGCCAUGCUAAGCUAAGCGCAAAUCGAUUUUUUUUUAAAAAACACUCAAAAAUUUCCUUUAUAUUGAUAAUAUAUACUCCUUAAUAAGUUUCCAAGAUAAGUUACUCUUUUUACUUAAACUACUUCUUUCUUUACUUUAAAAAUGUUAAUUACUCUUAAUACUAUUAUUAUUUCCUUAUCUUUUGUUUCUUAUAAAGAUAAUCUUUUUAAGAGCCUUGAAAUGGUUGUUAUUCUAUUUAAUAAUAAUCUAUUUCUUCUAGAUAAUUAUACCA